AUGAUCUUCCUUCCUUCUCUCCUAGCCCUGAGCUUUCUAGCCUCAGUUGACGCCGCCACAUCCUCGGGCUGCGGCAAACAACCGACCCUCACCAAUGGAGUCAACAAUAUCAAUGACCGCCAGUACAUCCUCAAGGUCCCCGACAACUACGACCCCAACAAACCACAUCAACUCAUUUUCGGCCUCCAUUGGCGAGGCGGAAACAUGAACUCUGUCAUCGACGGUCAGAGUGUUCAACCUUGGUACGGUCUCGAAAGCAGAGCACAAGGCAGCGCAAUCCUGGUAGCCCCCAAUGGCAGGAACGCCGGCUGGGCCAACACCAACGGCGAAGAUGUAUCCUUCAUAGACGCCAUCAUCAAGCAAGUUGAGGAUGACCUCUGCGUGGACUCCAGUUCUCGCUUCGCGACGGGAUUCAGUUGGGGCGGGGGAAUGAGCUAUGCGCUUGCUUGUUCGCGGGCGAAGGAGUUCAAGGCAGUGAGUGUGCUGAGCGGUGGGGUGAUCAGCGGGUGUGAUGGUGGCAAUGAUCCUAUUCCUUAUUUGGGUAUUCAUGGGAUCAACGACCCAGUGCUGCCCUUUGACGGGGCGUGGGUCUGGCGAAUAAAUAUCGGUAAACCUGAGUCCGGGAGCAACGGUUUUGUUCGAACGGACUUUGAAGGAUGCUCCAAGCCAGUUUCGUUUAUUGCCUAUGAUGGAGGACAUGACGCUGCACCCCUUGGCGUUGGUAACAAUCUUGCUCCGGAUGCGACUUGGGAGUUUUUCAUGGCUGCUUGA